CGAACUAAACGCGUGCCAUAAUUAUUUUAUUUUUCAUUUUCAGUUGACUGGUUUUCAAUGUUUUUCAUUUAUUACUAUCCAAUUUUUUAAUUUUAUUUUCAUGUCUUGUUACAAUGUAGUUACGACAAGUUAAUGUGAAAAUAGAUUUCUAGUGAAAGAUAAAAUUAUCUCAAGUCUUAUUCCUACUCUAUUGUUCAAUAUCUUCAAAAAAAGAUUGUAACCAAUGGACAAUUACUACACAUUGGUUAUUGGUGGAGAGAAGCAGCUGUACUGGGAGAAAAAGUUACGUGAGAUAUCAUCCUCUCGAGAAGCUUGGUGACGGACACGCGGACGCCCUCAAGAACGAGAGUUAUCUGCGGGUGUAGUUAAGUGAAUGUGUAUGUGUAUGUGUAAGUAGAUGCAACAUUCAUCUAGGACACCAGUGUAAAUAUGACGCGUGGAUUACACCAGUUUACCUGAUACUCGAGGAUAUUUACUCCAAGUCCUCCUUGCUUCGAGAAAAAGGAUGCAUGCUGAAAAACCGUUUGUGGUGAAAAUCUCGCCGUAGCAUGCCAAGAAGCAACGAAAGGGGUGUUUAUGUGAUCCCACGCCGAUCGCAACAGUCUGUUAGGUCAAGUUGUAUAGAAACGUGGAAAAAAGGAAGACGGAGGAGAUAGUACGAGGGAAACCUUGUACUUAGCAGUAGAAGUAGUGGUAGGAGGACACGAGGUGAGGUUGACACGAGUGACCGAUGAGCACAGGUGAUGGCGUCGUGUCUACGUCGGGUCCCGGAAUUGAUAACGGGGCCCGCGCCACCUCGCUUGGUUCUACACCACAGCUGGGUGUUCAAACGGCGAGUAUUACCGCGCCGCAAGAUGGUCUUGGGUCCUCUAAAACCCAGGUAGCAGGAGGAGUUGGAGGUGGUGGUGGAGGAGGAGGCACCACUACCACAGCUCCGAAAAGACCUGCUAGAAGAGGUGGUAAACCACCACCUGAUCGACCUGUACGGGCAUUAUUUUGUUUGCCCCUCAAGAACCCAGUUAGAAAAAUGUGUAUUGAUGUUGUAGAAUGGAAACCCUUUGAGUGGCUCAUUCUUUUGACGAUCUUUGCUAAUUGUGUUGCUUUAGCAGUUUAUACACCUUAUCCAUGUGGUGAUUCUAAUCAAACCAAUAUGUAUUUAGAAAAAAUUGAAUACGUAUUUCUUGUCAUUUUUACGGUUGAGUGUGUUAUGAAAAUCAUUGCUUAUGGUUUCGCAUUGCAUCCUGGUGCAUACCUACGUAACGGUUGGAAUAUGUUGGAUUUUACUAUAGUUGUAAUUGGAAUGAUUAGCACAAUAUUAACAUUUCUUAUGAAAGAAGGUUUUGAUGUUAAGGCAUUGAGAGCUUUUCGAGUUUUACGACCACUUCGGCUGGUUUCUGGUGUUCCAAGUCUUCAAGUUGUACUUAAUUCCAUCCUAAAAGCCAUGGUGCCAUUGCUUCACAUUGCAUUACUAGUCAUUUUUGUAAUUAUCAUUUAUGCAAUCAUAGGACUUGAACUUUUUUCUGGAAAAAUGCAUAAAACUUGUAGAAAUAAUCUAACAGAUAAAAUAAUGGAUGAUCCACAUCCUUGUGGUGACAGUGGAUUUCAAUGUAGUUCACUUGGUGAUGAAUAUUACUGUAGUCGCCAAUAUUGGGAAGGUCCGAAUCAUGGAAUUACAAAUUUUGAUAAUUUUGGUUUGGCUAUGUUGACUGUCUUCCAAUGUAUAACUCUUGAAGGGUGGACUGACGUUUUGUAUGAUAUAGAAGAUGCUAUGGGCAGUACAUGGCAAUGGCUUUACUUUAUCUCGAUGGUUAUUCUCGGAGCUUUCUUUGUAAUGAAUUUAAUUCUCGGAGUCUUGUCUGGGGAAUUCUCAAAAGAGAGAGAAAAAGCCAAAGCUCGUGGUGAUUUUCAUAAGCUUAGAGAAAAACAGCAAAUUGAAGACGAUUUACGUGGAUAUUUAGAUUGGAUAACUCAAGCAGAAGUGAUUGAACCAGAAGCAGAUGAAAGACUACAAAUACAGGAUGGAAAACAAAAGCAACAAAAUGAAAUGGAAAGUACUGACAGGCUUGAAGGUGAUGAAGAGGGUAUGCAACAAGAAUCAAUGUGGAAGAGAAAAAAACGAAAUUUUGAUAGAGUUAACCGACGAAUGAGAAGAGCUUGCAGACAAGCUGUAAAGUCUCAAAUUUUUUAUUGGUUAAUCAUAGUUUUGGUAUUUUUAAACACUUUGAUAUUAGCGACUGAACAUUACAAACAACCAGACUGGCUUGAUCGAUUUCAAGAGGUCACAAAUAUGUUUUUUAUUGCCCUCUUCAGUAUGGAGAUGAUGUUAAAAAUGUACAGUUUAGGAUUCCAGGGAUAUUUUGUAUCAUUAUUCAAUCGAUUUGAUUGUUUCGUCGUCAUAGGUUCAAUUAGUGAAAUGAUUUUAACACGCACAGAAGUAAUGCCACCUUUAGGAGUUUCUGUACUUCGAUGUGUACGACUUUUAAGAGUUUUCAAAGUCACAAAAUACUGGAGAUCGCUCUCGAAUCUUGUAGCUUCCCUCUUGAAUUCGAUACAAUCAAUCGCUUCCUUAUUACUUUUACUCUUUCUCUUCAUCGUCAUUUUUGCUCUAUUAGGCAUGCAGGUUUUUGGUGGUAAAUUCAACUUUGAUGACCUGCAAGAUAAACCACGUAGUAACUUUGAUAGUUUCUGGCAGAGUUUACUUACAGUCUUUCAAAUAUUAACAGGCGAAGAUUGGAAUGCUGUAAUGUAUAUAGGCAUUCGGGCAUAUGGUGGAGUUUCUACCCAUGGCAUUCUCGCUUGCAUUUACUUUAUCAUUCUUUUUAUUUGCGGAAACUACAUUCUUCUUAAUGUCUUCUUGGCUAUUGCUGUAGAUAAUCUUGCCGAUGCAGAAUCACUGACUGCCAUUGAAAAGGAAGCCGAAGAAGAAGCUGAAAAAAAUAAAUCCCGAAGUGGAUCAUUAGUAAGAGAUGAAUUAAGUGGUGAGUGUGAAGAUGACAGAGGUGAUAUUACAGGGGGUGAAGACGAAGAAGAAGAAGAGGAAGGUGGCGGUACUGAUCUCGAUCAAGAUCCUAAUAAUGAAACAAUGGAUGAUUAUGAGGCAGCUUUAGAUACUGGAGGAUCGAAAGAUGGUGAUGAUGAUGACGACCGUCGUCAUGCUAAAGUUCGUAUUAAUAUUGAGUCUGAUGAUGAAAAUUUUGAGCAUGGUGAUGAAGAAGAUGAAGAUGAUCAUACAGAAAUAGAUGGUGAUAUGGGAACGGAAGAAGUAUCGGCUCGACCACGAAGAAUGUCUGAAUAUAAUAUGGCAACAGCCAAACAACCAAUUCCAGAAGGCUCUUCAUUUUUCUUAUGGUCUAACAAGAGUAGAUUUAGGAUUUUUUGUCACUGGUUAUGCAAUCAUAGUUGGUUUGGCAAUAUUAUAUUGAUGUGUAUCCUAAUUUCUUCCGGUAUGCUUGCAGCAGAAGAUCCUCUAAAUGCACAAUCUGAUCUUAAUCAAAUAUUAAAUUAUUUUGACUAUUUUUUUACAUCAGUAUUUACGAUUGAAAUUUGUUUAAAAAUGAUCUCAUAUGGAUUUGUAAUGCAUGACGGAGCUUUUUGCCGUUCAGCAUUCAAUCUUCUUGACCUUCUUGUUGUCUGUGUGUCACUUAUCUCGAUGGCUUGGAGAUCUGGGGCAAUUUCAUUUAUUAAAAUUCUUCGAGUUCUUCGUGUUUUAAGACCUCUUCGAGCCAUUAAUCGAGCAAAAGGACUUAAGCACGUAGUUCAGUGCGUCAUCGUAGCUGUAAAGACUAUCGGAAACAUUGUCCUCGUCACCAGCCUUCUGCAGUUCGUCUUUGCCGUAAUUGGCGUACAACUUUUUAAGUACGUAGUGAAAUGUGUGAUUGUCGCCAUUAAAACAAUUGGCAACAUUAUGUUGGUCACCUAUCUCCUACAGUUCAUGUUUGCUGUUAUUGGAGUACAGCUAUUUAAGGGUAAAUUUUUCAUGUGUAAUGAUGAAUCUAAAAUUACUGAAGCUGAAUGCCAAGGAACAUUUUUGGUAUUCGAAGAAGGACAUAUUACGAGACCAGUAGUAAAAGAAAGGGUAUGGAGAAAAAAUCGAUUCCAUUUUGAUGAUGUGGCUAAAGCUAUGCUAACUUUAUUUACUGUAUCAACAUUUGAAGGCUGGCCAGGACUUUUAUACGUCUCUAUUGAUUCAAAUCGAGAAAAUCACGGACCAAUUCAUAAUUUUCGACCAAUCGUGGCGGCUUAUUACAUUAUUUAUAUUAUUAUAAUAGCAUUCUUUAUGGUAAACAUCUUUGUAGGUUUUGUUAUUGUCACUUUUCAAAAUGAAGGUGAACAAGAGUACAAAAAUUGCGAAUUGGAUAAAAAUCAGCGUAAUUGUAUAGAAUUUGCUUUAAAAGCAAAACCAGUUAGGCGUUAUAUUCCUAAACAUCGUAUACAAUACAAAGUGUGGUGGUUUGUUACAUCUCAACCGUUUGAAUAUACAAUUUUUACUUUAAUUAUAAUAAAUACCAUCACGCUAGCAAUGAAAUUUUACAACCAGCCAGAUCCUUAUACUCAUGCUCUUGAUGUACUUAAUAUGAUAUUUACUGCCGUCUUUGCACUUGAAUUUGUUUUUAAACUUGCGGCGUUUCGAUUCAAGAAUUAUUUUGGAGAUGCCUGGAAUGUCUUUGACUUUAUCAUCGUCUUAGGAAGCUUCAUUGACAUAGUUUACUCCGAAGUGAAUGCACGACUGCAUAUCAAGGCGGGAGGUACUCCCCUCCCCAACGUAAAAAGUCCGGGCUCCAAUAUUAUAUCCAUCAAUUUCUUCAGACUUUUCCGUGUGAUGCGAUUAGUCAAGCUUUUAAGCAGAGGAGAAGGAAUUAGGACGUUACUGUGGACAUUUAUCAAGUCCUUUCAAGCCUUACCUUAUGUUGCUCUCCUAAUCGUGAUGUUAUUUUUUAUCUAUGCCGUGAUAGGCAUGCAAGUCUUUGGAAAAAUUGCUCUUGAUAAUGAUACUGAAAUUAAUCGGAACAAUAACUUUCAAACUUUUCCUCAAGCAGUUUUAAUUUUAUUUAGAUCAGCAACUGGAGAAUCAUGGCAAAAUAUCAUGCUUGAUUGUUCUAACCGUCCGGGUGAAGUUAAAUGUGAUCCGAAAAGUGAUGAUAAAGAUAGUUUAAAUGGCUGCGGAAAUGACAUUGCUUUUCCCUAUUUUAUAUCUUUUUACGUUCUUUGCUCAUUUUUAAUUAUUAAUCUUUUCGUCGCUGUAAUUAUGGAUAAUUUUGAUUAUCUUACACGUGACUGGUCGAUCUUAGGACCUCAUCAUCUUGAUGAAUUUAUUCGCCUCUGGUCUGAAUAUGAUCCUGAUGCAAAAGGUCGCAUAAAACAUUUAGAUGUGGUCACAUUAUUAAGAAAAAUAUCUCCGCCAUUAGGAUUUGGAAAAUUAUGUCCUCAUCGAGUAGCUUGUAAGAGAUUGGUUUCCAUGAAUAUGCCUCUUAACAGUGAUGGUACUGUACUGUUUAAUGCGACAUUAUUCGCAGUAGUAAGAACUUCAUUGCGUAUUAAAACAGAAGGUAAUAUAGAUGAGGCAAAUGCUUCUCUUCGUGCUGUAAUAAAGAAAAUAUGGAAAAGAACAAGUCCGAAAUUAUUAGAUCAAGUUGUUCCACCACCAGGAGUUGAUGAUGAAGUGACAGUUGGCAAGUUUUAUGCAACAUUUUUAAUUCAAGAUUAUUUCCGUCGUUUUAAAAAGCGAAAAGAACAGGAAAUGAAAGAAGGAGAUAAAGAGUGUCAUAAUACGGUGACACUUCAAGCUGGUUUAAGAACAUUACAUGAAGCUGGACCUGAAUUAAAAAGAGCAAUUUCGGGAAAUUUAGAAGAAUUAUUGGAUGAUAAUCCAGAACCAACGCACAGGAGAAAUCAUUCAUUAUUUGGCAGUGUUUGGUCUAGUAUGCGACGAGGUCACCAUAAUUUUCAUCGAGCUAAAUCAUUAAAAACAAAUAGCAAUAAUGUCCCUAAAAUAUCACCAUCGAACUCAAUUGAUUUUCUACCUUACGCAUCAGCACUACAUAGAACUGGUGGAAUUGCUGAUGGUAAUAAUCAAAUUACCGCACGGUCUCAUCAAGUAGUGCCAAAUAUUACAGGUGGUGUGGGUGACUCUAUUGCCAAUCAAAUAGGUCAAGAAUCCCGAUUAGCAAGUUUUGAAGAAAAUAUCCCAAUGAGACCAUUGGCAAUAUUUGCUAAUUCUGGAAUGCAACCAGGAAACUUUCAAAAUCCAUAUAAAGUUUUAGAUCUUGAGGAUGGAAUUGAGCAACAGCUAACACCUCCAACACCGCCACCGAGAAGGAAUUUGGCAUCAAAAGGAACUGCUGCUAUCACCUUUGCCGUUUCUUCAGGUGUUACAAAGGGUGAUUCCAGUACUACUACAACGACAAGUCCAACAAUUUCGCCAAGUCCAACACCAAGUCCAAGUGUUGGAUCUUCUUCUAAUGACGGAGGAGUUGGUAGGGCACGUUACUAUGCUUAUGCAUCUCGAGGAUGUUGUGUAGACAUUGUUGAUUGGAAUCAACAACAACAUCAACAACAACACGUGGACGACACUUCUCUAGAUGAUGAUACUGCAAGUGGAUCUACGAAACCGGAACGAAAAUCAUGUUCGGAAAAAAAUAAACACAUAGAUGUAUUAAAAAAAGCUUCAAGUUUAAGAUGUCCAUCAACUAAAAAAAAAUUUACCUACAGUUCGAGGUCAUUUAAAGAACCUCGAACUCCCGGAGAAACAAAAAGUAUAAUGAAUGGAUUAAAACUUGCUCAAACACAGGCUUUAGCUGUUGCCGGAUUUAUGACAAACACGAGUGCAAGACCUUUACGAAUUUGUGAAUCCUGUAUAACUCAUCGGGCUUCAUUUCAUGGCAGAGUUUCUUGGGGCGGUGAAAGCAAUGGAACAGUUGGAGGAGGUAGAGGCUCUGAGCGAUUGGUUCACAGUUUACCUGGUAGUCCCGCUGAUCGCAAACCCAACUUUGAGGUCAUUGGUAGUGCUGAGAGUCUAGUAGGACGAGUUCUUGCAGAACAAGGUCUAGGCAAAUAUUGUGAUCCAGAUUUCGUGAGAUAUACAUCGAGAGAAAUGCAAGAAGCAUUAGAUAUGACAAGAGAGGAGAUGGAUCGCGCUGCUCAUCAGCUUUUACUUCAAGAACGUAGAGGACAACCACUAACUUAUCAAUUACAACAAAGUAUGGAUCAACAUUGGAAUCCUCGACCACAGGGUCCACGAGAAGUAAUGUAUGAACAAUUACGGGAACAAAUGCCGUCUUUAGAACAAUCACAAAUACAAACAUUAUCAUCAUCAUCAUCAUCACCACCAUCACAACAACAACAACAACAACAACAACAACAACCACUAUAUAGGCAACCACCAUCUUAGCAAAAAUGGCCAAGUUUUAAGACUGCAAUAGCUCGAAACUACAUUGGCAACGAAAAUUUUUUGUUGAAUUCGUAUUGCAAUUUAAUUGUUAACUUUAGUAAUAAAAAAAUUGGAAAUAUUAAAGUAGUUGUCUUGGUUUGUCAUAUCAACUAUGCAUAAUAUAAACAAUAGAGUAUAAAUAAUGUCUCUUUCAAACCAUAAGUAUUAAUAAUAUACUCUAAAUAUUUUAAUUUUCUGUAAAAUAUAAUAGUUUCGUUUUAAAAUAUAUAAAAUAUAAUAUUUAACUCUAUUUGUUGAUGUGCAUAAUACGAGGCAACUACUUUAAAUAUCUUUAUAACGUAAUAUCAUCAUCAUUAAGAUAUUAUUACUCUACAAAAGAUUUUGUUUUUCUUUUGAGUUAGAGUUUUAAAUAAUUUAAAAAUAGUUUUAAAUCUUUACAAAUAUUAAUAAAGUUGAAACAUAAGAUUCAUAAUAAUCAUUAUAAGUUUGUAGGGUAAUAUUGGUAAGGUGAUGAUAAAAAGUACAUACAUGAAAAAAAUAUUUCAGAAAUUUAGUUUAUCCUUUCAUACUAAUAAUAUAAUAAUAAUGAUAACGAUCAACGUCAGAAUUAUUAUCUAUCGAUGAAUAUUAGAGAAUGAAAAAAUUGAAUAAUUAGAAACAACAAGUGCCUAAGUAUCUAUAGUAACUUUGUGUGAUUUGGACCAGACCAAGACCUUUAUCAAUUCAGGUAAAUCAUAUUAUAAAUGCGGUUUGAAGUACAUUACUUUCGAUUACGUGCAAUUGAUUUAUAUAAAACUCGAUAGUUUGAGUAGACUAUAAAUAAAUGAAGUAACUGAAAAAUAUUAGCCAAGUUAUUUUUGCGUAUCCACUUGAGAUCGAUGUUAGGUAAAAAAUAAAAUACUAGUUUGAAAAAAUUCUCAUUAAUUGGUAUACACAUUCGAUUUUAUUGUAUUGUCGCUUUUUGACGUUGUCCUUAUUAUACUACAAUUGUCUACUGUCUUUUUGUACUAUUUCAAUUGUAAAAAAAGAAAAAACAAAAAAACAACAACAAUAAAUUUGAACCAAGAAAUAAAAGGGAUAAAGAGAUACGUAAAAAAAGAAAUAAUAGUAUUCAUGGAUAGUGUUUAUAGUAGAUAAACAAUGAAUUUAAUGGAAAGAAAAAAGGUGAAUAAAUAAUUGGAAUAGCAAAUAUCAGGGACUGUGGAGUGGAUCAUAAGUAAAAAUUUGCAAAACAUUCGUAUCGUGUUGUGACUGAUUUACUCGAAUAUUGGAUCCAUAAAUCCAGUAAUUUAUAUUAUUUAGUCUAAUUGUUUAAUAGUAAGUUUUAUUUCAAACAUGACUAUGACUUAAAAAACUUACUUUUUCGAUUAUUUUAAAUGAGAAAAAUUAAUCUUUCUUUAUUAUUAUUGACACAAUUAUUAUCAAGCAUAUUAAUAGUAAUCAUUCUUAUGAUAUUAUUUUUAUUAAUAAUUUUUUUU